AUGGAGAGCCUAAAGUCACCUAUUCAACCUCCGACCUAUGGAAACUUAGUCACGAUCCUCAGCAUCGACGGUGGUGGAAUUCGCGGGAUAAUCCCUGCCGUUAUCCUUGGUUUUCUCGAAUCCGAACUUCAGAAAUUGGAUGGACAAGAAGCAAGGCUUGCGGACUACUUUGAUGUAAUGGCAGGAACAAGCACUGGUGGUCUAGUGACAGCUAUGCUUAGUGCUCCUAACAAGGAAGGCCGACCCUUGUUUGCGGCCUCUGAGAUUAAACAAUUUUAUCUCGAGAACUGUCCAAAGAUCUUCCCUCAAAAUCAUUUCCCAUUAUCGGCCGCGAAAAACCUUGUCAAGUCCUUGAGUGGUCCUAAAUAUGACGGUGAAUACCUUCAUCAACUUAUCCAUGCCAAAUUGGGUGAUACAAGGUUGAAUCAAACACUUACCAACGUCGUCAUUCCAACUUUCGAUAUCAAGCAUCUUCAACCUAUGAUAUUUAGUAGUUACGAGGUAAAAAACAAUCCACUCAAGAAUGCAACACUCGCUGACAUUGCCAUCUCAACUUCAGCAGCACCUACAUACUUGCCAGCCCAUUUCUUCACAACUCAAGAUGCAACCGGAAACGUUAGAGAAUACAAUCUUAUUGAUGGCGGAGUUGCAGCUAAUAACCCGGCUUUGGUAGCCAUUGGGGAGGUGACAAAGGAGAUAACAAGAGGGAGCAGUGAUUUUUUCCCAAUAAGGCCAAACGAUUACGGAAGGUUUCUUGUGCUUUCACUUGGAACCGGAAACCGCAAAACCGAAGAAAAAUUCAAUGCAAAAGAAGUAGCUGGUUGGGGAGUGUUGAGUUGGUUAACACACGAUAACUCUACUCCUCUCAUUGAUGUCUUCACGCACGCUAGCUCGGAUAUGGUUGAUUUCCAUCUCUCUUGCGUUUUCCGAGCUCUCCAUUCGGGAGCCAACUAUAUUCGCAUCCAGGAUGAUACAUUAACCGGGGAUACUGCUUCUGUUGAUAUCGCUACGGUCGAGAAUUUGGACAAUCUAACAAAGAUAGGAGAUGAACUACUAAAGAAACCAGUUUCUAUAGUCAAUCUAGACUCGGGUUGUAAUGAAAGUGCUUAUCAUAUGACCAAUGAAAAGGCUCUUAUAAAGUUUGCAGGAAUACUUGCAAAAGAAAAGAAGAUACGAGACAUGCGAUCUCCAAAUGGAAAAGCCUCAAUUAGGAUGUAA